GAGAGAGAGAGAGAGAGAGAGAGAGAGAGAGAGAGAGAGAGAGAGAAGGAACCUUCUGGAACCUUCCGGAGAAAAAUUACCCGUUUCCCGCGCAUACCUCACGUGACCUAUCACGUGACUUUCUGGACCCCUCGGGCGCACAAGGAAUGGCAAUAGAGUAGUUUGGCGAUAGUUUACAUGUACCUCGCGUGACAAAUCACGUGACUCACGUGACCUGAAAUCGAUGAUCUGAUUGGCCUAAGUCCUCUGGAAAAUCAUAUAAAAACCCAUGCAGAGGGCAAGGUAAUCACUCGCCUGCUAGAAUCUUGUGAAAGAUGUCUCGCAUGCUGUCUACUCGCCGCUGCCGCAAGCCGAAGAACUCCCCUGGAGUCCGUGCCUUGUCUUUUGACGAGGAGACAGUGGACGACCCCCAACCGUCCACUUCCAGGGGAUAUUCUCGCUUGCGGAAUGCCCCAGACCCGCUCCUCUAUCUGUUCUCAUCCGCCGACGAAGUCGAUGAUGAUGUAUCAGAUGAGGACUAUACACCUCCUCUGAAGCUCCCCAGGACUAGUGAUCUGUCUGAAGUUGAAAUCUCCGCCCAGUUCAACGGUGACGACUCGGAUUGGGAGGAAUCCGAGUCCGACUCCGAAGAAUCGGCCGGAGAGGCAAACUCAGACAUCGAUUAUGAUUAUGUCCCGCUGAUGGAUACUUCUCUGGACUCGGACGAGCCCCUCGGAGAGUACGUACGACGCCGGUGGGAGCGCAACGCUCCCGGGUCUCCUCGUUUUGUUUGGUCAAGAGAGGAGAACUUCGUCCGGCGUCAGGGCUUCGAGGGGACACCGGGUGUGCACGAACACCUUGACGCAUCGUCCAGUCCCUUGGAGAUAUUCCUCAGCUUGUUCCCAGAGGAGUUGUUCCAAACUAUUGUGGAUGAAACGAAUCGGUACGCUCGACAGAACCCGCGCACCCCUUCAUCCCACAUGAAGGGGUGGGAGGACACAACGGUGCAGGAGCUCCGCUCAUAUAUCGGCCUGAGAUUCCUUUCGGGACUUCAGGGGAAGAGGUCCCUAAGGGAUCUUUGGUCGACGGACCCGUUGCUGUGCUCGUCGGUGUUCCCCAAGACCAUGUCCAGGGACCGCUUUGACAUCCUGACCUCCGCGCUCCACUUCGCUGACAACGAAGGGGAGCACCCCCCGGAGGACAGGUUGUGGAAGCUGGGCCCUGUGAUUUCCGUCUUGGAUUCGACGUACCGUUCCGUUCUCAUCCCCAACAAGAACGUGACCAUGGACGAGAGCUUAUGGGCCUUCAAGGGCAGGCAUCAGGCCCUUCAGUAUAACCCUAGCAAGAGGGCACGGAGGGGCCUGAAGGUCUACAAGCUCUGCUCGUCCGACGGUCCAGAGGCAGGGUAUACGGCGGCCUUCAAUGUUUACAUGGGGCAAGAUCGCGGCGAGUUCCCGGCGAGUAUGAAGGCCGUCGACGACCUGAUGACGAAGGCAAAGCUGUACGACAAGGGGUAUCAGUUGUACACAGACAACUGGUAUUCCUCCCCGACUCUCUUUCACUACCUGCAGUCCCGAAAAACCAGCGCCAUUGGUACAGUUCGUACCAACAGGCACGGUAUGCCCUCGGACUUGCAGGCGAGUCGGGGACAAAUCGACUUCCGGAGCAGCAACACCGGAAUGCUUUGCCUGCAGUGGAUUGACAAGCGUCCUGUGACAAUGCUUUCCACUGCCCACACAUCCAAGGUCAUUACCCUGCCUCCCAACCGCCGAGGGGUGGAGAGGUCGAAGCCCGAAGUUGUUGCCUGUUACAACAACGGGAUGAAGGGCGUCGAUCUCUCGGAUCAGCUGGCGCAGUCAUAUCCAGCAACCAAGAAGACCAUCAAGUGGUACAAGAAGGUCUUCUACAUGCUGGAUAUGAAGACCGUCAACGCGCUGGCUGUCCACCGGGCCCUCGGCGGAAGGUUUUCGCAAUAUAAGUUCCGUACGGAACUUGUCCGGGAAUUGCUGCAGCAUGGUGGCCGGCCUGGCUCCUUCCGCCGGAACCCUCCUCAGAACCAACCUGAGGAGGAUCCCCAGCAGGCGCACAUGCCAGUCGACACCCCCUUCCGGAGGUGGCGGAGAUGUGCGUUCUGCUGGAGGAAGAAUCGGCGCAGGAAGGAGACCAGGGUCAUGUGCUCCAGCUGCGGCAUUUCCCUAUGUGCCACACCCUGCUUUCAGGCACACCAUGCCUGAAGCAAUGUACACUGUGUGUACAUAGUGUACAUACUAUGUAUGUACUUGCCUUUUUUACAUACUAUGUAUGUACUUGCCUUUUUUACAUACUAUGUAUGUACUUGCCUUUUUUACAUACUAUGUAUGUACUUGCCUUUUUUACAUACUAUGUAUGUAAAGUAUAACUUCAUUUUGAAAUAUGUAGGCAUAUUCCAUGCCUAUAUAUGUUACUGAACCCUUUUUACAUAUGUAAAUAUGUAUAUAUGCAAUUUUGAAGAAAAAUAAAAAAUUCGACUUUAUACCGCUUUUCUGUGCUCUCGCCCAAACCAACUCUUGACUUUACACACUCAUAUUGGUGAAACACUCCUAAAAUGAAGUGUAUACUACAGUAUGAAACAAUAAAAUCCUUCAUAUGGCAUAUUAUAUGGCUACAGUAAGUCACCAAACUUUCACAGGUUUCUAGAGUGAAGAAAACGGAGGUUGCGGUUAUACGCAAACCAGCCCCCCGAGAGCGCUGAAACUUGGGUGGGGUGGUGAGAGGGUCAGCACGAGUUGAGCGCACGUCCCGGCGGGAGCGUGCUAGGCUUAUUUUUGUUCCCCGGAAUGACGGGUUUAGAGCUGUUUUCCGACCCGGCGUCAUUGGGUUAAGCAUGCAUUGAAACAUGGAUGUCUUUAUGAACUCCUUCCUCUCAUAACACACUAUCCAAGUCAAAAUUGCCUCUUGUGUAUCAUCUUUUCUAGUUUUGAAGGCAUCCUGCACCACCUUAUUCUUUAUUGCUGUUAUUGACAUUAUUUCAGUUCUUCCACCAGGGACCCAGUCAUCACUAUGUGUUGAUAAUUUAACCAUCAUUGGCUCUGGCCCAUCCAUACCUACUCACCACCAACUCCUUCAGUUUCCUGGCUUUCACUUUUCUACCUCCAAAUCCUUCUCCCUCCUUGUCUCUCAUGCACAUGUAGGUCCCCAACUUCCACUCUAUUUAUAUGAUGCUCCACUCCAAUACUGUUCUUUUGGCAAAUUCCAUGACAUCAUUUUUUACUCCAAGCUGUCAUAGCAAAACCAUAUCUUUUCCAUAAAACAAAGAGCUCACCACCACCUCCGAAUCUUACAGACUCUCUCCCAUAUAUCCUGGGGUUCAGAUUACAAAACUCUCCUCCAUCUUCAUGUUACCUUGACGAUGGAUGCCACAUCUGCUCUUCUGCCUCUACCUCCCUUCUGGCUCCUCUUGGUCUUCACUUCACUGCUCCUCUCCAGUUGAGAGUGUGUAUGCUGAGUCAGGCAUGCCACUUCUCUCUCGAUGCCAUGCCCUUCUCUCUUUCUGAUGCUUUUCCACCAAUUUUCCCUUACCAACCUAACUAUCCCUUGAUAUCUGCUCCAUACAUUUGCUUUUUUCUCCACACUUACCUACUCCUUUCUCCAUUCACAUGGAUACUCUUCUCUCCCCUCUCUACCAUCUCUAAUCUCUUCCCUUUUCAUUCUGUUCCUCCAUGGCUUAUACCUUACCCCUGUAUUUGCUCCUCUGUUUUCCCUUACCCACCAAAAAUCAGAUAUCCCCUCUUAUUUCCUUCUUACCUAUUUCCUUGACCAUCCCUUCAUUCUCCACUCAUUCCUCCAGUAUCUAUGUUUACAUGUAUACUUUUGGUGCUGGUUUUACAGUAGUCAUCCCAACUCAUGCAUGAAAUACCCCUUCCCUGCUAAGUCCAGUGUCCUUACUACAGAACUGUAUGCAUUCCUUUUCACCUUAAAAUACAUAUACUCUUUCCCUUCCUCCUCUUCCACUAUUUUUAUGGAUUUGUGACAAUGCUGCACAUCCUUUAUCAUCUAUACUUGUUUUGUAUGCUGUAUCUUCUACCUUUUCUUUGUAUGCUGUCUAUUUUGAACUUAUUUUCUAUAGUUUACUUCAUAUUUUUAACUUUAUUCUUGACUUAUUCUUUAUGGCUUAUAUUCUAAAUUGAUAUUGUAUUCUAUAUUUAAAAAAUUGCUUCUUGUGCAUUUUUUUGUUAUAAAAUAUUAUGAAAGUAACCGUCUGUGUGAUGGGUGGUGAGUUUUUCUUCUUUCAUUCUAUCUUUCUUUGUUUCUUUCUUACAAGUGCAGCCACCAGCACAUGAUAAUUAUAUUAAGGAACCUUUCCUAAAGAACUUGAAAUUGAUAUCAGCUUUCU